GCGGGGAGGUGCUGUUUCGCGGGGCCGCGUGUCACGCGCGCGGCGGAUGCCAAUACAACCUGUGGGGACGGGCUUCAAAUAGGAGGGAGGGGGCCUGAACGCUUUCUUUUCUGCUCCAGGUGCACAUGUGUCUCUGGCAUGGCUUCAGUUUUAACUUAAGUACUUUUUACAUGGUUUCUGGAGCAGGCAGCGACGCUGAGGAUUUCACCGGAGACACCGUCGGGUUUUGGGAAAAUUCAGCUGGACCACCAGCAUGAUGGUGGUGACUUUCCAUUCGUGAAUUGGUGGACACUUGGCUGUUCCUGGAAAUGGAUUAUCGGUUCUCUCCUGUGGAGUGACUGCUGUGUACAGAGAAUUUAGAGAACAGGAAAAGCAGAAAACACUGCUGUCUAACACAGGGCCAACUUUUUGUCAGCCAAAAGGGUAGACAUGCCGUUCCCUUUUAAGAUCCGCCGGCUGUACAGCUUCUCGAGCAAAAACUCCUUUCUGGUCCGGGUUCGGCUCCUGGACAACACUGUCAUCGAGUGCACGCAGCCUGUAGAGAGCACGGGACAGGAGUGCCUAGAAACAGUUGGUCAGAAACUUCAGCUCACCGAGACACAGUACUUUGGCCUGUGGUUCCAGAGCAAAUCCCAGUUCCAGCGUUGGGUAGUACUGGAAAAAGCCCUCAAGAAGCAGCUGGACAAGUUUGCCACUGACCACUUGCUUUACUUUGGAGUGAUGUUCUACAUGCCCAGUGUCUUGAGCCUGGAGCAGGAGGUGACAAGGUAUCAGUACUACCUUCAGGUGAAAAAGGAAAUUCUUGAAGGACGGCUGCGGUGCAGUUUUGAACAGGGAAUCAAGCUGGCUGGCUUUGCUGUGCAAGCUGAUUUUGGAGAUGUCAGUCAGUUUGAGUCCCAGGAUUUCCUUCAGGAGUAUGCACUCUUUCCAGUGGGUUGGACUUGUGCUGAUAAAGAGGUGUUGGAGAAGUGGACUCAAAAAGUAGCUGAAGAGCAUAAACGUCUUUGUGGAAUGACAGCUGCUGCAGCUGAGCUACUCUACAUUAGGGACGUGGAGAAGCUGGAUAACUUUGGGGAGGAAAGCAUUCCUGCUAAGGAUGGUUACGCCAAUGAUGUCUACCUGGGUGCCUCCUUCAUCGGCCUGUUUGUUAGACACAGGAAUGGGAGGCCAAUUGUACUGCACAGAUGGAAUGAUGUGGGGAACAUCACUCACAGCCGAUCCACAGUCACUGUGGAGAUUCUGAGCAAAGGAAACACUAUUGCAUUCCAAACUGAUGAUAUGGAAACAGCCAAGUACAUUGCAAGGCUGUUGACUUCCAAGCAGAAAUUCUACAAACAGAAUAUAAGUGCAAAGUUUGAGUGCUCACCAGUCUCAAUAGAGAGACGAACUACAUGGAGUGGUUCAACCACGACAAGACCUCCAUCCUACAUUCUCAAGUCCCUUCCUGCCCAGUAUGGAGAACAGGACCAGCAAAGCUCUCAAGACAUUCCUCAGGAGGGCCCCUAUUACUUGUCUGAGAUGAGUCCAGACCAAAGUUCAAUGGAGUACAGCUUCCUGAAUUGCUUGGCCCACAGGGGAAGUGUGUGUAACACCCCCAGCACAAGCCCACUGAGCCGCUUGCAGGCAGUUGUGCAAGCCUCGCCAGUCUCCUCCAACAUUAGCAUUCCAGGGAGUAAUGACAUCAUGCAGCUUGACUAUAGUCGCAGUGCAAUCAUCGCACCAUCAUACCAGCCCACACCCGAUUACGAGAUGGCUGUUCGGCAGAGCAGCCUUAACCUCAGUAGCUCCUUUGCCAACAGGCAGCAGGCGGCACUAGUGUAUAGCCAACCUGAAAUGCUGGAGCAGUCUUCACGUUUGCCUGGCCCCUGGGGAUCUCAGAUGAGAUACAGCAUGCCUGCAACCACCACACCUUUUACUCAUUCUUCAGGCCCCACCAACAAGCCCACUGGUAUCAUCGCUCACACAGUCAGCACACCAGAGUUGACUGGUGAGCAGCCUGGUGCUGCUGGUUACAGUACUGCACAUAUGCUGAAGAGCCCACCACUCCCUUACCCUGUCUUCCGACCUACUGCCAGCACACCUGACCUGGCUGCUCCACCAUAUGGGUGCCCCAGAAGCAGCAGCCUGGAGCUGGGAGCAAGGAGGGUCCGGCAGUCGGUGGGGCGCUUCCAACCAGAGAGCUCAGUAAUUCGUCACGCCUUUCAGCAGACUGAGCCCCUGACACGGGCAGCCCUCGGUGAGCACUCUAGCCUGGAAACAAUGAGCAGCAUGGUACGGAACAUUGAGGCCAUGGCCCUCAGGUCGCUCAGUGCCUCUACUGUGAGAAGAAACACCCUCAGGGAAGAGGUGUGUCCCUCUUCACCCCAGCACACAAGGUCCCUGUCUGAUGCUGCAGUGCUCAUCCGCAGCAGUGAGAGUGAAAAGGAAAUUGAAGAGACCCCAGUCCUCUGCCACCAAACCCAGUCAUUCAACCAGUGCUCGAUUAGCCCUCAGCUACAGGCUGCGCUGGCCAGCAUCUCAAACAGGCCUCCACCUGUGUACACGGCCCCUAGGGGCAUGGCCCAUCCUGGCCUUCCGCAGGCUGCUGAGGUGGCUCCAGCUAGUUUGAAAGGCAAGGCUCAGAGCCAGGACAGCACAGUUGCAUGUGCACAGCAAUACCAGCUCAGUGGAAGCAUGCUUGCACCAUCAGUCUCAGAACCAGUCCUGACACGUGUGAAGGAAAAAGUUAAAGUGGUCAAAGAGCGGCCCUCGUCGGAGAUGUUCUCUGCAGCUGAUAGCUUUGUGGAGAGAGAGAUUAUGCAGAGGAAAAAGCAAGAAAUGGAGAAAGACUCUCCAAGGAGGCUCAUCUGGACAUUUGGCCAGAACAGACCCUAUACAGCUAGGCCCCCUAUCUUGGAGAGUCAACCCCAUGGUCCUUUUGGGCAUCAUAACAUUGAACAGUGUAAGCUCCUGGAGUGGAAGCUGGCAGAAGAGGAACAGGUGGCUGCUGAGUUUGUGCAGAUCCCAUGGAAAGCAAAUGACAGGAUAGCAGCUGCCGCUGCCUUGCUGCCCAGCAGCACAGAGGGGAAUCAACUCCCUGACGUGGUGCCAUAUGAGGAGAACCGGGUGAUGCUGAUGCCCACCAAGGAGAACCACACUGGAUAUAUCAAUGCAUCGCACAUUAAGGUUUCCAAUGCUGGACAAGAAUGGCACUACAUUGCUGCACAAGGACCCCUGCCAAACACAUUCCAGGACUUCUGGCAGAUGGUCUGGGAGCAGGGAGUGAAUAUCAUCGCCAUGGUUACAGCAGAGGAGGAGGGCAGCAGGCCACAGAGCAAGCGCUACUGGCCUCAGCUGAAGCAGAGCCUUACGAUCCAUGGUUGCUUCAAAGUGACCACUAAGUUCUGCACAGACUUUGGAUGCUACACCACCACUGGACUGACUGUUAAGAACCUGAUCUCUGGGCAGGAGAGGCCUCUGUGGCACCUGCAGUACACUGAGUGGGCAAGCAAUGGGUGUCCAGAAGACCCCCAGGACUUCCUCUCCUACCUGGAAGAAAUUCGGUCAGUGCGACGUGAUGCCAACAGGGUGCUGGGCACUUCUAGAAGCCAGACCCCCCCAGUUGUGGUGCACUGCAGCACUGGGGCAGGCCAGACGGGCAUAGUCAUCCUCACAGAGCUCAUAAUCAGUGCCCUGGAGCAAAGUCAGAACAUCAACAUCCCUGUAAUGCUGGCCCGGCUGCGACAGCAGCGCAUGCUGAUGGUACAGACCUUCAUGCAGUACAAAUUUGUCUACAAGGUCCUGAUUUACUUCCUCAAGAACUCCCGCCUAAUAUGAGCUUGGAGUUCUAUGGUUUCUCUCCUCCCUUUCCCCUCAAGUAUUAAGUGUCACAGCAAAUGGUAGUUUUUCCACACAGAGGGGGGGAACUCAAGUUGUCUCUAGGGCUUUGCUGAGCUUCAUCCCACUUGAGCUUAAGCCUUGACUAGGAUUUUGUUUAAAUUACAUGGUUCAAAUGCUAGUAAACCAGUUAGUGGUUUUUCUUUCCCAAUUAAUGUUCAAGUAGUAGUCUUUAAAAUGUAUGUCAAUUUCAUUAAUGCAAAUGGGGAAAUAUCACCUGUUAUCUGGCUAACUUUAUUAUUGACUUGACACUUUAAUUUCACAUUUUAUUGGCAUAAGUGCACCUAAUGAUUUUAUGGAUGUGUGGUUUAGCACGUUUAAGUGUUAGCUGUGAAUUAUUGCUGUUGGUGACUGAAACUGAGUGACACUUUCAAACAAAAUCCCAGUCAAAACUAAAAUGAUUUAAUGGGUAGAAUGGAAAAAUUACACACCCUCCAUAUACCAUGAGCCUGGUAGUCAACUACUCUUGCUUCAAAUGUUUAUGGCUAAUGUACAAAUUCAUCAGCUGGGACAGUAUGAGAUGGUACUGGCUUUGUACUUCUCAUACAAUGAUGUAGUGAAUCCAGGAAACAUGGUGCUCAGGGACAACUGAAAUACAAUAGUCCAGACAUUUCAUAAGUUUCCCCUCAACAUCCUUCCCCCAUAUGACUUUAAAUAUAGCACACCCAAGGCCUAAAGUCAUGGCCUUGAUUUCUUUAACACAAGGGACAGCUAGCUUCUGUUUUCCAGAAAAUUUACAUCCCUUUCAUUAGGACUAUGCAUAUAGUAUAUUCAGGGCAGGUUGUACUAGCAGCAUGUAAUAGUUCAAAUUCUUUCUUCCUGCAGGAUUAGAAUCACACAAGUGCAGAAGUGAAUUUACUUUUCAUUCUCCUCCAAUCAGAUCUAGUUUAAAUUCCAUAGUUUUCCCAUGUCUUUCACCAGUACUUUAUAUGGUAACUCAAUAGUAUGAGGUGAAAUGUAGACAUGCUUGUACAUGCAACAUGUCUCAUACAGCCACAAAACCUAUUCGUAUGUGCAUUUGAGUUGACAGGAUCUCAGGGACAAUUUUCUGACAAACCUCCAUUUAAUGAUAUGAAAGCCAUGAUUAGGGGAAGAGGCAAAGCUGUACUGUUGUAACUUAAGCUUAAUGUGCUGAGUCAGACUAGCCCUGUUGACUCUUACUGUCACAUCUUCAGUAACUUAACUUUCUGGCUGGUUGGGAAUGACCAAUGGAAAGAUGCACUCAGGUCCCAGUGCUCAGCCAUUUAGUAAACAUCAAAUCACACCCAAUGGCACGAUACUUGCAUGCAUAAGACAAGUGGCCACCCCACCUUCAACUUUGCAAUGCAAUUGCUUAACUUUGUUUUAAACUGGACUUUAUACCAUACUGAAUGUAUUUGAAAUAAUUCUGUGAACACCCACUUCUGAGAUUUUAUACUUUGGAAACUUAAGGGGGGAGAUGAUGGAUUUUUAGCUAUGUAAUGCUGAAAUUUUGUAAAUAAACUGAUUUUUAGUCAUGUCUUGUCAAAUUCACUUUAUGAAAAGUUGGAAUACAUAUUUAGUGCUGUAAAAGAUUUGCCCCAUCCUGAUUACUUUGUGUAUCUCAUACUAAAUACUUCUACAGCUUCAAACAAAAAAGGAAACUGCAUAAACAAGUUUAGAAUUUAUUUUUAUUGAAGCAAAUUAUGCUUUUCACUAAUGUGGAAAAACUAAUUGCACCCUUAAACUUAAUCUGGUUGUGCCACUUUUUGCAGCAAUAACGAACCAAAUGCUUCUGAUAACUGGAUCAGUUUCACAGCAGUGGAAUUUAGCACUACUGCUUUAGUUCAUGCUGAGGGGGGGGGGAAAACCCUCCAGUGUGGCUGAACUGCCUGUUUUAACAUUCUGCCACAGCAUCUCAAUUGGGGUCUAGUCAGGACUUCAACUAGGCCCCUCAGAUGUCUGUCUUUUUGAGCCAUUCAGAGGUGGCCUUGAUCCCAUGCUUUGGAUCAGUCUUGUUGCAUAAUCCAGUUGUGCUUGAGUUUCAACUUCCAGACUAAAGACUGAACAUAAUCCUUUAAGGAUUUUCUGGUAGAAAGCAGAAUUCAUAUUUCCCUCAAUUAUUGCAAGUUUCCCAGGCCCUGAAGUAGCAAAGCAUUGCCACCACCAUGCUAGACUAUAGGUAAGAUCUUUUUGUAGAAUUCCAUGUUGACACCAGAUAUAAAAGGACCACUAUCUUCCAAACAGUUCCAAUUUCAACUGUCUACAGAACAUUUUCCUAAAAGGUUUCAGGAUCAUCAAGGUGUGUUCUGGCAAAAUUCAGAUAUGCCUUAAUGUUCUGGGUUAGCAGGGUUUUUUUUUUUUUUUUUUUUUU